AUGUCGGACACGCUCGCGAACGACGGUGCGAGCGCGCCUAGGCAGGCGGGCUGGCGCUCCUACCCAUCGCCCCCGUCAUCAGGGCGCGGAGGCGUGACGAUGGCGUCGGGCGACAAGCGAUCGCUGACGCACUAUACGGCCGAGAACAAGGAGCAGGACGAGGAGGAACACCUCGUCAAGCGCCCGCGCUCGGCGACGCGCGCUGCGCUCAUGACGCCGCCCAGCACGCGCGGCCGCCGCAUGGGCGACCGCCUCGGCCAGGCAUGGCCCAGCACAUCACGGCACACCCGAUGCGGCAGCGACUCACUCUUUGGCACCUGGCUCGAGGACGAGUCGCAGCUCGACACACCGUCCGCACAGAAGCAGCGCCGCCUGCUUCGUGCGCCGACCACCGAGACAUACCCCGUGCGCGACACCGCACACAACCCAUUCUUGGAAGGCGGACCGGCAGACGUCGGCUUCACCGGGCCGUACGCCUACCACGCACGUAUGCGUGCUGCUGCGAUGCCGCCCCGGCCGCAGGGGAAAACACUCUAUGUCUUCCGCGGACAGCGCGUCGUACGCGCCGACACCGACACAGCCUGGUCGUCCGAGGCCGGCCUCUUGCACUCACCCAUCAAACCCCGCCUUCUUUUCCGGCCGCGCUCGGCGCGCGCCACCUGCGACGUGCCGCCACGGAAUGCGGUGUCGGACGAUGAGAUGCCCAUGCACUAUCCCCAGACCCCUCCCGCGCGCGGCCUCUUUGCCAGCGAACUCGAGGCACGCGCACGCAAGACCGAGAAGGACGAGGCACCGGUGCAGACCGCCGACCCGGAUGCGCUGUGGCUCGCGACGAUGGCGCCGGCCAAGGAAGCGCCAGCACAACCUGUCUCGCAGCACAACCUGAACCUCCUUGCCAAGCUCGAGCACGUCAACUGGAGCUCAGACGGAGAAGACUCCCAUGAUGACUAG